UUCAAAUUAUGGGUGACUACAGUAGUUACUUUGGUAACUCAACAACAUAUUCGUCUCCAUAUGCUAACACCUAUUCUACUAUCACCGGUGCAGAAACUACCUACAAUACGUAUCCUGCCCCGGGGGCAAGUGUAUCAACCGCUUAUGCAGCCACAACUCCUGGAACUACGUACACUUCCUAUACUCUCAACCCAACCGCUACCACUCAGAGUACCGCCUCCACCACUUACAACUAUGUUGAUUGGGCUUCUGCAGCAACAGCUGCAGCUAUUUCAUCUGCUGCAACUGCUAACCGUGGUUCUCACGAAGGCUCCAAAACAAAACUAACCAAACAAAACUGGUACAACCGGACUAAAGCAAAUGCUGCUGCUGGAAAAGAACCUCCUCGAACAUAUUACUGUGAAAUCUGCAAAGUUAGCUGUAUGGGUGCUUUGACUUACAAAGAGCAUUGUAAUGGACAGAAGCACAAGAAGAAAGAGAAGGAGAAGGAAGGAGGUGAUAACAAGCCAGCACGUGGUUACCAUUCCUUCGGUAAACUUUACAGAUGUGAACUGUGUGACAUUAGCUGUACUGGCGAACAAGCGUUCUCUGCUCAUAUGACAGGCAGCAAGCAUAACAAGACUGUUCUGCUGUUUAGGAAACUUGGGAAAGUUAUUCCUAACCCAACUGUAACUAACAACAAAGGAGAAAAAGAAGAAGUUGAUCUUGAGAAGGUCAAAGAGGAACUUGCGAAAAAAGCCGAACGCAUCGCCAAAGAGGAAGCUGACAGAACUGAGAAAAGGAACAAGCGUAAUCAACAAGCAGAAGAGCGAGCUAAGAAGCGUCUGGAGGAGAUUGAGGCACGGAGGAAGAUGAUGGACGAAAGACGUAGCAAGUGGGAGGAAGAGAGAUGGAAGCGAGAAGAGGAGUGGAGAAACAUGCAAGAGCAGAGAGAAGAGGAGUGGAAGCAGUGGCAGGAGACAGAGCAGAGUGAAAUAACACCCGGUCAAGUUCAACAAUCAGCUGGCUUCGCGUCUCGCGAGGGAGAUAACAACGACAACAAGUUGAUAAUGAAGCUGCAUGAUGAGAUAUACCCCGACCCUACUGAGCUGACUAACAUUAAAAACCUGGUGAAAGUGACGGAGGAUAAUCUGAAAACCAUCUCCGAUACAAUGAGAGACGAAACUGAAGCUGAACUCAAGGACAAAGGACUGUUGAAAGAGCCAGUCGAGGGAGAGGAGGUAGUAGAGACUAGGGUGUUAAAAGGUUGUGUCAGAGUUGGAGACUUGGCUAACGGUCUCCUCCUAAAGGGAGACAAGACUCUCGAGAUGCUUGUCUUCUGUACUGACAAACCAACUGUUUACCUCCUUCAAAACGUCAAGGAGAAGUUCGAAGAAUUGUUGACGGAAGCCCAAAAGAAAGCUCUGAAAGUAACUGUCGAACCAAGCAAAGGCGCAUUCAUAGUGACGGACCCCAAAGAUUUCAGCGUCAAAAUUACCAUGACCUCUAAAGCUAUGGAGGCUGACGCAACCGCCGCCAGUAUUACAGCCGAUGUAGCAGCAAAAGUUCUAGACAGGAAAAAUUGUCUGCGAGUUUUGGAGGAGUUGAAGCACGCCAACUGGUUCCAGGCUAACGUUAGCCCUGUACCCUCUUCUGUUAUCGCUCUGAGGGUUUUGCAUCACAUCAUGAGACAAGAAGAUAAGCAACAUUGGAGGGAUGCAGCAAAACCUUGGAUUUUAGACGUCUUAGUUGGUCAACUGUUGCAAGCAAAUCAAGGCCGAAGAUUCUCACCGGGAGACAUCAUACGACGAAUACUUGAGGCUAUCUCCGCUGGAGUUCUGUUUUGCAGCAACAGCUCUAUCCCAGAUCCCUGCACGGAGCCAUCUGUCGACCUGACACAGUCUCUAGACAGGGAGGCAGUAGAGAAAGUAACAAUGGAUGCGCAAGCAGGACUGCGCGCACUUGCUUUCAACAAGAUUCACGAGUUUCUGGGAGUUGCAGUACUGUCAGAAAAAGAAGCUGCUGCUGAGGAGGAUGUGGAGCAAGAGCCUGGUUCAGGCAUGGACUCUCAAGACUUUGAGGGAUACGACGGAGCAGCAGGUCACAACUACCCCAGUUCCUCUCACCCUGUAAGAAUGCGAGGAAUGAGAAUGAGAAGACCCCCUCAUCCCGGAGCCAGACCCUACGGACCCCCAGGGUAUGGAGGUGGACAUCAUCACAGACAACCCCCUUACGGACCUGGACCAUAUGGUCACGGCCCCCCGCCAUUCCCAACCCAUCUUGGACCGCGUGGGCCUUGGAGAGGCCCCCCUCCACACAUGCGACGUGGAGGACCGCCACCUUUUGGACCCAGGGGUCGAGGUGGUUACCGAAUGAGAGGACCUAGGCCAAACAACAAAAAUAGAAAACGAAAACCAGAAGAGGAAGACACGAAAGAGGAUGUUAAAAAGGAAUGUGUAGAAAAGACAGAAGGUGAAGAAGGCACUGAAGGGGAUGUGAAAGUUGAAACGCCUGACACCAUGGACACAGAGGCAGCUUAAAACAUCUAUCAAUAUUUCGAACUUUUGAUAGUCUUACUUAUAAAUACCAGCUCUUACUUAAUCCUUUGAAUAAUCUCAUUUUUGCCAGUAUUCAGAACUUAAUUGGUGUCGAACUGUUCGAGUUCUUGGUCAUUGUAAUCGCUUUAAACUUGAAAAUGUUUUACAGUAUAAUUGUUUCGCGUGUUCGUUUAAUUUUUAUUUAAACUAUGAAAAUUACGGUUCUAUGUGAACGGUUAAAAUAUCAACGAUUUAAUCUAUGUACUCUAUUCACUAUUGCAUCAAUUUUUCGAAA